CAUUGAUUAGGUUGUUGCUUGUUCUAAUGAGGAUCGAGAUGCAGUUAUUGAGAUGUCAAAGAGACUUGGGUUCCUCACAGGAAUGGAAUCAGAGAUAAUGCUCGAUGCCCAUGUCCAGGCUGGUUUUGUUGUGGGGUUGCCAUUCUCAAAGCCUGGUGGGCAUGAUUUCAGUGCCGCCAACAUUACUCCAAGCAUUUCAAACCUCGGAGCAACAAUGCUGAAGCACAGGCUCACCCCACCACCUGAUGAGGUGUACAGCCUUCAUAGGAAGCUUUCAGGUGCUUUCUUGGCUUGCAUUAAGCUUGGGGCUGUUGUGCCAUGUAGAGAACUAUUAUUUGAAGUCUAUGAGCGCUAUCAAUUUGGUGAAGAUGACCACGAGAUCUUGUCAAGUGCGUCAGUGUCUUGAUAUGUUCAAAGUUUCUUCCUGAUUGAUUCUUUCCUGUGCAAUAAUUUUGGGAAUGCAGUUGUCCAUCCCAACAUAGGAGCAAUUUUUUAACCUGUUACAAAAAUGGGGAUCUUGAAUGAAAUAAUGAACAAUUCAAGGCAAAGGAUGAUUACUUCCGUCCUUGGCGGAGAGAAACCUUUGACGCAAUUAUACCUUUUAGACAUAACGCCCUCUAUCCUGAUGCUUUAGUUAGCUUCAAGGUUGAUUUUUUUACUAAUUCUUGAUAAAUAAAAGUCAUAUUGAGUU